AUGCACAGGGAGAAAAUAGAUCAACUAUUCUACCAUAUUAUCUACAACUACCCGGCCUGGGUAAAGAAAAUCACGUGUCAGUUGCCGCACAAGUUCAUAACUUCAUUCUUGCCGAGACGCUGUUCCAUAGGCUUGGGUAAAGAAAAUCUCGUGUCAGUUGCCGCACAAGUUCAAACCUUCAUUAUUUUCCAAAACGCUGUUCCAGCCUGGGUAAAGAAAAUCACGUGUCAGUUGCCGCACAAGUUCAUAACUUCAUUCUUGCCGAGACGCUCUUCCAUAGGCUUCGGUAAAGAAAAUCACGUGUCAGUUGCCGCACAAGUUCAUAACUCCAUUCUUUUCUUCAUUCUUGCCGAGACGCUGUUCCACUCCGCAGUAGUUCUGGCUAAAGGAAACCUCGUGUCAGUUGCCGCACAAGUUCAUAACUUCAAUAUUUUUCGAGACGCUGUUCCAGCCUGGGUAAAGAAAAUCACGUGUCAGUUGCCGCACAAGUUCAUAACUCGAUUCUUUUCGGAGACGCUGUUCCACUAUAAGAGUGAAUUCCUUAAGUGAAGAAAAACGCAUAAGAAUGAGUGCCAGACCAAAUAACGCCGGGCGUAUAGAUGCCUUCGCCGCUAUGGAAACAUGUAGAGAAAAGGAUUGUCUGCUGGAUAAACUGACCUACCAAAAGGCCAAGAUCGAGAAGCUUUCCCAAAAGUUGGUCAGACUCCAGGCAAAGGUGACUCAGCAGCUACUUGAGCACGAAGACUUGGAAGAGGAGGUUAAGAUUUUGACCGGAAAUUGGAUGAAUUUAAAGAAUUGUAUUCUUUGCGAUAAGACUUGGAACGCAGUGGGCAAGCAUCGCGUGGCGUCCUUGAAUUGUGGCCAUUUGUUUGGGAAGAAAUGCGUGAAGAAAUUUGUAGCUGUCUAUAAGAUGUGUCCCGGCUGUGAACAGCCAGCCGAAGUCGAAGACUUGCGCUACAUCAACGGCAUUUGAGUCCACCACUCAAAGCCGCUUAGUCAUCAUCAAUGACUACAAUGACACUACACCACCACGUCGGAUGUUACCAGAAGGAAUCUAAUGCUUUAAACCAAAAACUUUACUAAACCAAUAAACCAACUAAUU